AUGGCGCUGCUCCCCUCGCGCAGCCCGCGGGUGCUGCUGCCGCCCCCGGCCCGCAGGGGGCGCUCCAAGGUCCGAGGGGGGGCGCCCAGCCCGCCCGUCAGUUGCAGCAUACUUCGACAAAUUCAAAACAUUCUGACGGAGAGCAGCAAGUCCCAGCCAGAUGGCAUCCUCUGCAUUUUGGGAAUUGAUAGUCGGUACAAUGAAGGAUGCCGGGAACUCGCCAACUAUCUCCUCUUCGGCUUGUACAGCCAGAACAACAAUGAGUUUGAGAGAUCAGGAUUCCCUGAAGAAGUCCUCGAUGAUGUGAUCCUGCUGGUUAAGCCAGACAGCGUCCAUCUCUACUGCAACCCUGUCAACUACAAUUACCUUUUGCCCUACGUGGCGUUUUGGAGAAAUCUGCAUUUCCACUGCCUGACGGAAACCGAGUAUGAAGAUGAAGAGUCGGCUGAAGAAUUUAAAAUUUCCAGCUUUGUGGAUAUGGUUCGAGAUUGCAGCCGGAUCGGCAUUCCCUUCAGCUCCCAAGGCCACCUGCAGAUCUUCGACAUGUUUGUGGUGGAAAAAUGGCCCAUCGUGCAAGCCUUUGCCCUGGAAGGCAUCGGCGGGGAUGGCUUCUUCACCAUGAAAUACGAGCUGAUGGACGUCAGUCUGGAUCUCUGGAAGGCCUACAGCAAAGUGGAUCCCAUGUCUUUGGAGAGCUUACUGGACGAGGAUUUGAUGACUUUUGAACAUCAGUGGACCAACCUCUUUGCCAAUUUUGACACUGAAAUCCCUUUCAUGCUGGAACUCUCAGAAUCUCAGACUGGAGAGCCCUUCCGAAGUUACUUCAGCCACGGGUUGAUUUCAAGUCAUAUCACAGAUAACAGGUAUCCUUUCUUUCCAUAA